CAAAAGGCCCACCCCACUGUCAGACUUCAAGUUCUGUCUCUCCUUUCUUUUUUGUGUCUCCUAGCUAGGGUUUUGUUCAGUGGAACACUCAUUUUGGCAAAAAUGUCUUCAAUAGGUGCUUCAAAGGGUAUUUUGGAGGUUGCGAAGUUUGCCAUUUACGUCACAGUUCCGAUUGGUCUCAUGUAUUUCUUCGCCAACAACACUAACAACAUCCAGAAAUUCAUGGGCAAUCGUUCUUACAUUGUCUAUCCCCCGGAGGGGCCAAGACCUCAAUCACCAGAGGAACUAAGGGAGAUGGCUCGAGAAAUAGCUCGCAAGAACAACAUACGUUGAUGUGUCACUCAGGUUGCAUGUAAGCUUUUGUAGUACUAGAAAAAAAAAAAAAAAAAACCAGUAUCAAUGUAACAUGAUAACGUUAAGGUUAAUACAACCAAAUGAAUAAUGUGUCUGGUAUCAGUAUGUUGUGUUUAUUGGGAGCUCUUAACUUGGUUGUUUGAGAGAUCAAAAUAAAUGUGAUUGUAAAUUCUUUUUUAUUUCUUUACUGAAAUGUGAUUUUCUAUCUUGAGACUGUGA